UGCGCGGAAUGGCAGCCGCAGCAGCAUCCCCGCCGGCGGCGGUGGCGGCGGCAGCCUCGGCCACCGCGGAGGCUAUUGUUCCCUGGUGUUAAAAGAGCGUUCCCUCUUUUUCAUCUGAAACGAACAAUAGCAGGGCAGAGCUUUGCUUUCUGCACUCCUUGGGAAGACAUUCCGAGGGCGAAGGAAAAUUCCCUGCCGGCCGAGUUGCGGAGCUGGACCCUGGAGCGCCUGCGAGCGGCAUGGGGCUGCAAGCGAGGCGCUCGGCGUCCCGGAGCCGCGGGGCUGCGGGCGGGCGCCCGGGCGUCCUGCAGCUGCUCCCGCCGCCGCCGCCGCUGCUGCUGCUGCUGCUGGUGCUGCCGCCGCUGUGCCCGGGCGCCCGCGGGGCUGCGGCUCCGGGCCAGGCUGAGCCACCCACCCUCUAUCUGUGGAAGACUGGUCCGUGGGGCCGGUGCAUGGGCGAUGACUGCGGCCCCGGAGGCGUGCAGACCCGGGCCGUGUGGUGCGCGCACGCCGAAGGCUGGACCACGCUGCACACCAACUGCAAGCAGGCCGAGAGGCCCAGCAACCAGCAGCACUGCUUCAAAGUCUGUGACUGGCACAAAGAGCUGUACGACUGGAGGCUGGGGCCCUGGGAUCCGUGUCAGCCGGUGAUCUCCAAGAGCCUGGAGAAAGCCCUGGAGUGCGUCAAGGGGGAGGAAGGCAUCCAGGUGCGAGAGAUCACGUGCGUGCAGAAGGAGAAGGACGUUCCCGCGGAGGACAUCAUCUGCGAGUACUUUGAGCCCAAGCCGCUGCUGGAGCAGGCGUGCCUCAUCCCCUGCCAGCAGGACUGCAUCGUGUCCGAGUUCUCCGCCUGGUCUGAAUGCUCCAAGACGUGCGGCAGUGGCCUCCAGCACCGCACGCGGCACGUGGUGGCGCCGCCCCAGUUCGGGGGCUCCGGCUGCCCGAACCUGACGGAGUUCCAGGUGUGCCAGUCCAGCCCGUGCGAAGCCGAGGAGAGCAUGCACAGCCUGCACGUGGGGCCCUGGAGCGCGUGCUCCAUGCCCCACUCCAGACCAGCCAGGCAGGCAAGGAGACGGGGGAAGAAUAAAGAUCGGGAGAAGGACCGGGGAAGAGGAGUGAAGGAUCCGGAGGCCCGGGAACUGAUUAAGAAAAAAAGAAAUAGAAACAGACAGAGUCGCCAAGAGAAUAAAUAUUGGGACAUCCAGAUUGGCUAUCAGACCAGAGAGGUUACAUGUAUGAACAAGACGGGGCAAGCUGCUGAUUUGAGAUUUUGCCAGCAGGAGAAGCUGCCAAUGACCUUCCAGUCCUGUGUGAUCACCAAAGAGUGCCAGGUGUCGGAGUGGUCGGAAUGGAGCCCCUGCUCAAAAACAUGCCAUGAUGUGGCGUCCCCCAAAGGCACGCGUUCAAGGACACGGAUCAUCAGGCAGUUUCCUACUGGCAGCGAGAAAGCGUGUCCAGGACUCGAGGAAGCCGAACCCUGCGUGGCUCCAGCAGAGGCGGCUGCCCCCUGUGCCACGUAUGGCUGGAGGACCACAGAGUGGAGCGAGUGCCGCGUGGACCCUUUGCUCAGUCAGCAGGACAAGAGGCGGGGCAACCAGACAGCCCUCUGCGGAGGCGGGGUCCAGACCCGGGAGGCGUACUGCGUGCAGACCAAUGAAAACCUGGCACACCUCAACACCCACAAGGACAAGGAAGCAUCAAAACCAGUGGAUUUGAAAUUAUGCACCGGCUCCGUUCCUAACACCACACAGCUGUGCCACAUUCCCUGUCCAAUAGAAUGUGAGGUUUCACCUUGGUCAGCUUGGGGACCUUGUACCUAUGAAAACUGUAGUGACCAGCAAGGCAAAAAAGGUUUCAAGCUGAGGAAGCGGCGCAUUACCAGUGAGCCCGCUGGAGGCUCUGGGGGCCCUGGGAGCUGCCCGCACUUACUGGAGGCCAUUCCCUGCGAGGAGCCGUCCUGCUACGAGUGGAAAGCGGUGAGGCUUGGAGACUGUGAGCCAGAUAACGGGAAAGAGUGUGGUCCCGGCUCUCAAGUUCAAGAGGUUGUCUGCAUCGACAGUGAUGGAGAAGAAGUUGACAGACAGCUGUGCAGAGAUGCCAUCUUCCCCAUCCCCGUCGCCUGUUAUGCCCCGUGCCCAAGGGACUGUGUGCUCAGCAUGUGGUCUGCCUGGUCCUCCUGCUCACACACCUGCUCAGGGAAAACCACGGAAGGGAAACAGAUCCGAGCGCGGUCCAUUCUGGCCUAUGCGGGUGAGGAAGGUGGAACUCACUGUCCAAAUACGAGUGCUUUGCAAGAGGUGCGCAGCUGUAACGAGCAUCCUUGUACCGUGUAUCACUGGCAGACUGGUCCAUGGGGCCAGUGCAUUGAAGACACCUCAGUAUCAACCUUCAACACAACUACAUCUUGGAGCAGGGAGGCCUCUUGCUCUGUCGGCAUGCAGACAAGAAAAGUCAUCUGUGUGCGGGUCAAUGUGGGCCAAGUGGGACCCAAAAAAUGUCCUGAAAGCCUUCGGCCUGAAACAGUGAGGCCCUGUCUGCUUCCUUGUAGGAAGGACUGUAUUGUGACCCCAUAUAGCGACUGGACGACAUGCCCCUCCUCAUGUAAAGAAGGGAAUUCCGGAGUCAAGAAGCAGUCUCGGCACCGGGUCAUCAUGCAGCUGCCGGCCAAUGGGGGCAGGGACUGCACAGAUCCCCUCUAUGAAGAGAAGGCCUGUGAGGCCCCGCCGACGUGCCAAAGCUACAGGUGGAAGACGCACAAGUGGCGCAGAUGUCAGUUAGUCCCUUGGAGCGUGCAGCAGGACAGCCCCGGAGCGCAGGAAGGCUGUGGGCCGGGACGGCAGGCGAGAGCUGUUACUUGUCGAAAGCAAGACGGAGGACAGGCUGGCAUCCCCGAAUGCCUCCAGUAUGCGGGCCCCGUGCCAGCCCUCACCCAAGCCUGCCAGGUCCCCUGCCAAGAUGACUGUCAGUUUACCAGCUGGUCCAAGUUUUCUUCGUGCAAUGGAGACUGCGGUGCAGUUAGGACCAGAAAGCGCACUAUUGUUGGGAAAAGUAAAAAGAAGGAAAACUGUAAAAAUUCUCAGGUGUACCCCCUGAUCGAGACUCAGUACUGUCCUUGCGACAAGUACAGCGCGCAGCCCGUGGGGAACUGGUCAGACUGCAUCUUGCCAGAGGGGAAAGUGGAAGGGCUGCUGGGCAUGAAGGUGCAAGGAGACAUCAAGGAAUGUGGCCAGGGCCACCGUUACCAAGCAAUGGCAUGCUACGACCAGAAUGGCCGGCUGGUGGAAACGUCCAGAUGCAACAGUCAUGGUUACAUCGAAGAGGCCUGCAUCAUCCCCUGCCCCUCCGACUGCAAGCUCAGCGAGUGGUCCAACUGGUCCCGCUGCAGCAAGUCCUGUGGGAGUGGCGUGAAGGUUCGGUCCAAAUGGCUGCGUGAAAAACCCUACAAUGGAGGAAGGCCUUGCCCCAAACUGGACCAUGUCAACCAGGCACAGGUGUACGAGGUUGUCCCUUGCCAGAGUGACUGCAACCAGUACCGAUGGGUCUCAGAGCCAUGGAGUGUCUGCAAGGUGACCUCUGUGAACAUGCCAGACAACUGCGGAGAGGGCGUGCAAACCCGAAAAGUGAGAUGCAUGCAGAACACGGCUGAUGGCCCUUCCGACCAUGUAGAGGAUUACCUCUGUGACCCAGAAGAGAUGCCCCUGGGUUCUAGAGUGUGCAAAUUACCAUGUCCUGAGGAUUGCGUGAUAUCCGAAUGGGGUCCAUGGACUCGAUGCACUUUGCCUUGCAAUCAAAGCAAUUUCCGGCAGAGGUCAGCUGAUCCCAUCAGACAACCUGCUGACGAAGGAAGAGUGUGCCCUGAUGCUGUUGAGAAGGAACCCUGUAACCUGAACAGAAACUGCUUCCACUAUGAUUAUAAUGUAACAGAUUGGAGUACAUGUCAGCUGAGCGAGAAGGCGGUCUGUGGAAAUGGCAUCAAAACAAGGAUGUUGGACUGUGUUCGAAGUGACGGCAAGUCGGUUGACCCGAAACAUUGUGAAGAGCUGGGCCUGGAGAAGAACUGGCAGAUGAACACGUCCUGCGUGGUGGAGUGCCCUGUCAACUGCCAACUCUCCGAGUGGUCUCCGUGGUCCGAGUGUUCUCAAACGUGCGGCCUCACAGGAAAAAUGACCCGAAGACGGACAGUUACCCAGCCCUUUCAGGGUGAUGGACGACCAUGCCCUGCCCUGGUGGAACAGUCCAAGCCUUGCCCAGUAAAGCCCUGUUAUCGGUGGCAGUAUGGCCAGUGGUCCCCGUGCCAAGUGCAGGAUGCCCAGUGUGGAGAAGGGACCAGAACGAGAAACAUUUCUUGUGUAGUGAGUGAUGGGUCAGCAGAUGAUUUCAGCAAAGCGGUGGAUGAGGAAUUCUGUGCUGAUGUUGAACCCAUUAUAGAUGGUAAUAAAAACGUGGUCUUAGAGGAAACCUGUACCCAGCCUUGCCCAGGUGACUGUUAUUUGAAGGAGUGGUCUUCAUGGAGCCUGUGCCAGCUGACCUGUGUGAACGGUGAGGACCUCGGCUUUGGUGGAAUACAGGUCCGGUCCAGAGCGGUGAUUAUACAAGAACUAGAGAAUCAACACCUCUGCCCAGAGCAGAUGUUAGAAACAAAGUCAUGUGAUGAUGGACAGUGUUAUGAGUAUAAAUGGAUGGCCAGUGCUUGGAAGGGCUCUUCCCGAACAGUCUGGUGUCAAAGGUCAGACGGUGUCAACGUAACAGGGGGCUGCCUGGUGGUGCGCCAGCCUGACGCGGACAGGUCGUGUCACCCACCGUGCAGCCAACCCCACUCGUACUGUAGCGAGACGAGGACAUGCAGUUGUGAAGAAGGGUACACCGAAGUCCUGUCUUCCAACGGUACCCUUGAGCAGUGCACACUGAUCCCCGUGGUGGCGAUACCCACCGUGGAGGACAAGAGAGGAGACGUGAAAACCAGUCGGGCAGUCCACCCGACCCAACCCUCCAGCCACCCGGCGGGGCGGGGAAGGACCUGGUUUCUACAGCCAUUUGGGCCAGAUGGAAGACUAAAGACCUGGGUUUAUGGUGUAGCAGCUGGGGCAUUUGUGUUACUCAUCUUUAUUGUCUCCAUGAUUUAUCUAGCUUGCAAAAAGCCAAAGAAACCCCAAAGAAGGCAAAACAACCGACUGAAACCUUUGACCUUAGCCUACGAUGGAGACGCAGACAUGUAAAAUACAACUCACUCC